AUGGCUAAUAUGAUCUGUGCGCUCUUGCCAUUAUGCUUGUUACUGCAUUGGAGCCUGAAGCUAAUUGCUAUGUUGGUUCCCCUUUCCUCAAUCACUGAUCGUGAUGGCGGCGCAACCAACGAAAACCUCCCACCAAAUGUCAUCAGGCAAUUGGCUAAAGAAUUGAAGAAUCUUGACCAGUCACCUCCAGAAGGGAUUAGAGUGAUUGUGAAUGACGAUGACUUCACAAGUAUUUGUGCAGAUAUAGAUGGCCCUGGAUUUUUUGUGACCAAAAUAUUCCAUCCAAACAUAUCAAGCAGUGGUGAGAUCUGCGUUAACACGUUGAAAAAGGAUUGGAAUCCUACUCAUGGAUUAAGGCAUGUUCUACUGGUGGUGAGAUGCCUACUGAUUGAACCAUUCCCAGAAUCUGCGCUCAAUGAGCAGGCUGGAAAGAUGUUACUUGAGAACUAUGCAGACUAUGCUCGGCAUGCAAGGUUAUACACCAGCAUUCAUGCCCUCAAACCUAAGACUAAGCCCAAGAGUGGCACUAUCUCCGAGUCGACUUCUGUAAACGUGGAUCAGUCAAGCACAACAAAUCUAUGCGAAAUUGCACCAUCGGCUCCCAUGGCUUUAUGUGCUACUGCUGCUACCAAAGUGCCAGGCUCAAACUCGCUGGAUCAGAAUGCUCCCGCUGAGCCCACUGUUGGACCAUCUACGGCAUUGCCCAAGAAGGAAGGACCUGUUGCUACAAAAGGCCCAGCUGAUAAGAAGAAGAUGGACGCCAGGAAGAAGAGCUUGAAGAGAUUUGUAAAAAAGCCAUUGAAUUUACUGUUCAUCUGGGAGCAGAUGAGCUCGAGAUCAGCUCCUGGAUCCUUCUUAGGGCUUCCUGACUCAUCAUUGAACUACUGGACAAAGCAUGGAUGGGUCUCACCUGCUAAUCGCGAGACCUGGUCUCAUAUAAUUUUUUUCCUCUUCGGGCUGGUUCUUGACGCCGGGAAAGAUGAAAGCAACCGCUGCUUGACGGCCAAGGCACAGUUCAUGAGUGCUACUGGCACUAUCGACCAUGUUGCUUUACCAAGUCCUGAAGUAGCCUGA